AUGCAUGUCCAGUCGAUUCCUAUGUGGACGGGGAAAGGCAAUAACUAUGCCUACCUCGUGACCGAUGAGCCUACUAAACAUUCUGUUAUUAUCGACCCGGCUAAUCCGCCUGAGGUUGCCCCAGAGCUGAAGUCGCAGAUUGAGUCUGGGAAGAUCAAUCUGACGGCUAUCGUCAACACCCACCACCAUUGGGAUCAUGCCGGAGGUAACGAUGACAUGCUGAGCCAAUUCGGCAAACUCUCUGUUAUCGGCGGCAAGAACUGCCAGUCAGUGACCCAGACCCCUGCGCACGGCGAGGAGUUCAAGAUUGGCGAUCGAAUCUCGGUCAAGGCUCUGCACACGCCGUGUCAUACUCAAGAUAGCAUCUGCUAUUUCAUGCAGGACGGAGACCAGCGUGUUGUUUUCACUGGUGACACUCUGUUUAUCGGGGGCUGCGGUCGUUUCUUUGAAGGAAAUGCCGAGGAGAUGCACAAGGCGUUGAACGAGACAUUGGCAGCUCUCCCCAAUGACACCAAGGUUUAUCCUGGUCACGAAUACACCAAGGCAAACGUCAAGUUCUGCGUCAAGGUGUCCCAGACUGAGCCCAUCCUGAAGCUCCAGGAGUUUGCCGAGAACAACAAGCAGACGCAGGGCAGGUUCACCAUUGGUGAUGAAAAGCUUCACAACGUAUUCAUGCGCGUUCAUGACCCUGAAAUCCAAAAGGCCACAGGCAAGACCAAGCCGGUAGAUGUGAUGUCUGCCCUGAGAGAGAUGAAGAACGCUAUGUAG